AGUAACGUAAAAUAUAAUAAACAAAAUAGGGGGGAUGGAUAGAGAGUGUAUCAUACACUAGUGACUAGUAUUAGUCAGUUGCACAAAGGCACAGUAAAAGAUAGCACCAAAAAUUACGUUGCGUUUGUUUCUGCGGUAGGCCAUGUCACCAAACGUGCCAAAACUCGAAAGCUGUUUGUUACUUUCUAUUCUUCCUUAGACUCGCACACACAUACACUCGAGAGUGAGGGAGUGCUUUUCUCUCUCGCUAUUCUCCUUCUUCUUCCUUUGAUCGGCCCUCACACGCCACGCCACAACAUCCAUGGUGUCCAAACCUACCGACUCUGCUCCAAAGCAUCGAAAACAAUAUGGAGAGUCAGCAAAUGAAGCUAUUGGAACCUUGUCCGUCAAGAUAAACCAGCUGAAAAAGCAAAUUCAGGCGGAGAGAAUUGUAUCCAUCAAAGAAAAAAUUCAGAAGAAUGAGAAGAAGCUACAGUGUCAUAUUUCAGAGGUCAUGUCAGAAAUAUCAACGAGGGACUCUUCACAGACAGAGGAAAACAGGAACUGUCCAGUACUUUCUUCAAGAAUUGACCAUCCUUUAUGUAAAUUCAGUGGUUUCUCUCAAGGUUCAGGAGACAAAGACCACAGCAAUCAAGAUGUAUUAUCUGCUACAAGUAUCAAAAUUCCAUACAUUGAAAGAUUACCGCCAUAUACAUCUUGGAUAUUUCUGGACAGAAAUCAGAGAAUGGCUGAGGAUCAGUCAGUUGUUGGAAGAAGACGUAUCUACUAUGAUCAACAUGGCAGUGAAGCGCUAAUAUGUAGUGACAGCGAGGAAGAGUUAACAGAACCUGAGGAAGAAAAACAUGAAUUUUCUGAGGCUGAAGACCGUGUUAUAUGGAUGGCCUUCGAGGAACAUGGAUCAAACGAGGAGGUAUUGAAUAUUGUUAGCCAAUUUGUUGGGGGAACCAGUUUAGAAAUUCAGGAGAGAUAUAAAAGUAUCAAGGAAAAGAAUAUAGGUAGGUUGGACCAGCUUUCAGAAGCCUCAGGAGAAUAUGAAUCUCCUGUUGGUGUAAGUCCAGAGAAAAGCCUGAGUGCUGCGUUAGAUUCUUUUGAUAAUCUUUUCUGUCGCCGGUGCCUGAUUUUUGACUGUCGUCUGCACGGAUGUUCCCAACCUUUAAUAUAUCCUAGUGAAAAGCAGACAGUUUGGUCUGAGCCUGAAGGUGAUAGGAAACCAUGCAGUGACCAAUGUUACCUUCAGCAGUUAAAGGUUGUCAAAAGUGUGUCAGAAGAAACUUCCACAUCUUGUAAAGAUAAGAAAAGUACAAUUAUGGAAGAGGAAGAUGGGAUAUUGGCACCCUCCAAUACAGAAGAACCUAGUAAUCUGAGUACUAAACCUUUUCCAACAGAAGUUGAUUGUCAUGGAUAUCUCAAUUUAAAUGUUCCUGUCUCAGAAAGCAUGGUAAAACGGAAGGUCACAGAUCAGUCUGACACAGCACCAUAUGACUCAACACUUCCUUCUGAUGAUUCUCAGAAUUCCUAUAAAAAGUUGAAGAGAAUCUCAGAUGAUGUAGUUACUGUAAAUAGUGAUUAUAGCAAGAACCUAAAUUUGGGUGCAUGUGAUGAAAGUAAACAUAUAAUUACUUGUGCAAUUUUGGACAAAUCUGUUGAAGAUAUAUCAAAUAAAUUAACAGAUUCUUCUAGCACUUGCCAUGGUGAGCAUGGUGAAAGUGUUGGGGAUGGACCAAAAGAUCUCACAAAUAAGACAGAAUUGAAGUUCUCCAAUCCAAUGGAAGGAAAUGUUGAUGAGAUGCUUAGUCUCUCUGAUUGGAAGCCUCUAGAGAAAGAAUUAUACUUGAAGGGAGUGGAAAUGUUUGGCAGAAACAGUUGCCUCAUAGCAAGGAACUUACUUUCUGGCUUGAAGACUUGCAUGGAAAUAUCUAGUUAUAUGCAUUCAGGAGGAGUGUCAAUGCCCCACAGAUCUAUUGUUGCUCCUAGUUCAAUCAUGGAAGACAAGGGGAAAUUUGAUGCAGAUUGCACAGACCAAGAGAUGCCAUCUAGGUCACGGUUGCUGAGGAAAAGAGGAAAAACAAGGAAGUUUAAAUAUUCUUGGAAGUCUGCCGGCCACCCAUCAAUAUGGAAAAGAAUUGCUGAUGGGAAAAACCAAUCCUGCAAGCAGUAUACACCUUGUGGAUGUCAAUCAAUGUGUGGAAAGGAAUGUACUUGUGUUAAUGGUGGAACUUGCUGUGAAAAAUAUUGUGGUUGUUCGAAAAGCUGCAAAAACCGGUUUAGAGGAUGCCAUUGUGCCAAGAGUCAAUGCAGAAGUCGACAGUGCCCAUGCUUUGCUGCUGGACGUGAAUGUGACCCAGAUGUCUGUCGAAAUUGCUGGGUUAGUUGUGGGGAUGGUUCAUUAGGAGAGCCACCUCGGCGUGGAGAAGGCCAAUGUGGAAAUAUGAGGCUUCUUUUAAGACAACAACAGAGGAUUCUUUUAGCGAAGUCCGAUGUUGCAGGAUGGGGAGCAUUCUUGAAGAACCCAGUUAACAAAAAUGAUUAUCUAGGAGAGUACACAGGUGAACUGAUCUCUCACCGAGAAGCUGAUAAGCGUGGGAAAAUAUAUGAUCGUGCAAACUCGUCUUUUCUUUUUGAUUUGAAUGAUCAGUACGUUCUUGAUGCUUAUCGCAAAGGAGACAAGUUGAAGUUUGCAAACCACUCGUCAAACCCCAACUGCUACGCGAAGGUAAUGCUGGUUGCUGGAGAUCACCGAGUAGGCAUAUUCGCCAAGGAACACAUUGAUGCUAGUGAGGAGCUCUUCUACGAUUAUCGGUAUGGUCCAGAUCAAGCACCACCAUGGGCUCGUAAACCUGAGGGUUCCAAGAGAGACGAAUCAGCAGCUCCUCAAGGCAGAGCAAAGAAACACCAAUCACAUUGAUGAGCCUGGACCACGGUCCAGCAUGUACAAAUUUUUGGUUUCUACCACUAUAUAUUUUCAACAGCGACAAACUUGUGACAUCCCAUGGGAAAGAUUCAAGAUCAACUGUCACUGAAGAAGGAAACUAAUAAUUGGUAUGCAAUCCAAAUGUUAAUAUGCCUUAAAUUAUGUAUAUGAUGAUACGUCUAAACAAUAAAAAUGAGCAAGAGAUGAAGGAAGGCGUGAAGCAAAUCAAUGUUAAGAGCAAUAAGCUUGAAACUACACUAGCAGUUGGGAACACGAGUAUAGAAAUUCGUUUCGGAUGGUAGGCAUAACAUUUCGUGAUCCAUGUUCUAUAACUUGGUUUUGCUCUUCGCGAUAUGUGCCAUCCAAGUUACUAGAUCACAUAUGCAAUAUAAAUAGAGGUUAUAUGAUUUGUUAAAUAAAAAAAUAAAUUUAAGAUUUCAAGCUCUGUCCUAGAUGUGGAACACAGUGUGUUGCAAUGAGUCACUAUCCACUAGAUCCUCCCAGUGUACGUGUUAUUUGAUUCAGUGUUAUUAUUGCAGUUGUUCAUAAAAACUAGAUUUUAUUAAUUCAAUCAAUAUAUUUAAGUUUUUUUAUUUAGUGAUUUU